AGCCCCUCGGAGGCCCGAGAGGCGUCGCGCGCCCGGCGACGCGCCGACGUGCCUCGGCGACGCAGCACCCCGACGAACCCCCGAGCUCGACGUCCUCCGCCCCGUCGGGCGCUGCCAGAACACAUCAUACAUCGUCGGGGAUCUGGGCCCCUCGCCGCCGGCUAUCUGCGGGAGGCAUCGCCCAGGGCCGAGCGGUUCACGCGGCGGGUCGGAGGCCAGGUCCCGGGCCUCCCCGGCUCGAGCGCCUGCGGUGCUCGGGCCCCGCCCGGGCGGCCCUCCGGGAGCCGCGCGCGCGCGCUGCGAUGGACGGCGCCCGCGAAGGCACAGGCGUCGUCGGCAUCGUCGGCACCCCGCGGCAGCGCCUGCGAGGGGCGUGCGGCGCCGCCGCCGGCGACGUUGUGUCAAGCACCGGUGGCACCGGGGACGCAGCCCGAGCGCCCAAAGCCGGGGCAGCCGCUGCGGGAGUGGCGGGCGGCGGCGCCGGCGCCAUCAAGGCGCUGCGGCGCAGCAGCGGGGCUGAGAGGCCUCCGAGCGCGUCCGGCGGCGGCAGCACCGCGCAGCCCGCGGCGCCGCAGCAGUCCGACGCCGUGACCCGGACGCGCAGCGGCGAGGCCCCGGGGCCGAGGAGGUCGUCCUCGGCCGGCGUGCUGUCCCUCCGGAGGCCCUCGUCCACGUCCGGCGUGCGGCACGUGGCGUCGGAAGACGUGGAGCGGCCCGCCGGCGGGGCCGUGCGGCGGCGCUCCGUCGGCGAGGCGCUGGCGCGGCGGGCGUCGUUCAGCGGCGGCUUCGGCGAGCAGCUGCGGCGGGCCUCGUUCAGCGUGCAGGUGGGCAACACGCUGUCCGGCUGCGAGACCUUCGCGGAGGCCCUCGCCGCAGGCAGCACUCGCUCGGGCUGCGCGGCCAGGACCAGCUCGAUGACGUUCUCGGGCGUGCGCCGGCCGCAGGGCGACGCGCACAGCGGCGCCAGGCGCUCGCUCGCCGCGGCGGCGCCCCUGGCGCUCCCGCGCGACGCCGCGGACCCUGUGCGCGCGUCGCUGCAGGGGAAGACCCUGGCGGAGGCGAUCCACAGCCACAACACCCACGGGGCGCGCGAGGAGCGGCGCGUCAAUGCCAUGUCCUUCUCCUUGAAGUCCAGGAACUUCGACCAGAUACUCAGGGACGCGGCGGUGGCGGGCCCGCGCCCAAUCAGCGCGGAUCGUCGUUUGUCUGUACAUGUAGUGCGACCGCUGUCGGCAUCGACGCCAGCCUUGCAUGGCCGCCGACGCAGUACUUGAUUUCGUGCAGUUCGAGCUUGUCUGCGAAGCAGGCUAGCAAAACGAACGAACGAUGCGUUCCAUCGGCACGGAGGCCGUCCCGAGACAGGUGGCGCGGUGGCACCUCAGCGUCCGCUUGCAUUGUUCGUGCACUGUGGCCCAACUUGUUUUUUCUUGUUUGCGCAUGCAGGUGCUUUGGAUUGCGCAGCAGGCCUUGCAGAGUUUCAUUUUCCAGGUUGUGUUGAAUCAGCCCUCCCUCCGUCGCAAUCUCUCCGUAUCGACGUGGCUCCGCGUCACAGUUUCUCCGUGUCUGCGGGGCCCUUUUUUGUUUGUGACACCUUUUCCUUGCUCACUUCAAUGUUUUUGAGCAGCCAUUUGGCACGAUGUGCAACAGUCGCAUUGCAAAGCUCUGUGUACUUGUGCGUCGGCCUGCAUUGGGACUGCUGUGGACUGGGACUGCCCCGGGAAGCGACAAAAGGACAG